AUGAAAGGAUUAUCCAGCAGCCGUAGUCACCAUCACGGAGUGACCUGUGAUUCUACCUGUGACUCUCUAUCCCAUCACUCGGACAGGAAGCCAUAUUUGUUAAGCCCAGUGGAGCCUCACCCUGCCGACCACCCGUACUAUACUCAGAGGAAUUCCUUCCAGGCUGAGUGUGUGGUCCCCUUCAAUGACCCCCUGGCCAGCAGCACCUUCCCCAGGAGGCAUUACAACUCCCAGCAAGAGCUGAAAGAGGAGUGUGCCCUCGUUCCUCGCACCCUCGCCAACAAGGCGAAUCGCCUUCCUCCUAACCUCCUGGAUCAAUUUGAAAGGCAGCUCCCCCUCAACAGAGAUGGUUACCACACAUUGCAGUACAAGAGAACUGCUGUGGAACACCGGAGCGACAGCCCCGGAAGGAUCCGUCACUUGGUCCACUCUGUCCAGAAGCUUUUUACCAAGUCUCAUUCUCUGGAGGGGCCCUCCAAGGGCAGCAUCAACGGAGGCAAAGCCAGCCCCGACGACACGCAGACGAUGAGAUACGGCAAACGAAGCAAAAGCAAAGAAAGACGGCCGGAGCCCAAAGCCCGUUCAAACGCCUCAGGGUGGUGGAGCUCGGAUGACAACUUGGACGGCGACGUGUGCCUCUAUCACGCUCCCUCCGCAGUGAUGACGAUGGGCCGCUGUCCAGACCGCUCUGCCUCACAGUAUUUCAUGGAGGCCUACAAUACCAUCAAUGAACACGCAGUAAAGGCUUCCAGGAGUAACAACGAUGUGAAGUGUUCUACUUGUGCGAAUCUGCCCGUCACCCUGGAUGCCCCGCUCCUGAAGAAGAGUGCAUGGUCCUCCACCUUGACGGUGAGCAGAGCGCGCGAAGUUUACCAGAAAGCUUCCGUUAAUGUGGACCAAGCUUUGGUGAAGGCAGAAACGUGUCAACAGGAACGAUCCUGCCAAUAUCUUCAGGUUCCUCAAGAUGAAUGGAGUGGGUACACCCCUCGUGGAGGCAAAGAUGACGAGAUCCCUUGCCGGAGAAUGCGCAGUGGCAGUUACAUCAAGGCAAUGGGGGAUGAAGACAGUGGUGACUCAGACACCAGUCCCAAGCCUUCCCCAAAGAUUGCAGCCAGAAGAGAGAGCUAUCUCAAGGCUACACAGCCAUCUCUUACAGAACUCACCACACUCAAGAUAUCAAAUGAACACUCCCCAAAACUCCAGAUCCGGAGCCACAGUUACCUGAGGGCAGUGAGUGAAGUCUCAAUCAACAGGAGCUUGGAUAGCCUGGAUCCUGCAGGACUUCUCACUUCACCAAAAUUCCGAUCUAGGAAUGAGAGCUACAUGAGAGCCAUGAGCACAAUCAGCCAGGUGAGUGAGAUGGAAGUCAAUGGUCAGUUUGAGUCUGUGUGUGAAUCCGUAUUCAGUGAACUGGAAUCUCAGGCAGUAGAAGCCCUGGACCUGCCGAUGCCAGGCUGUUUCCGCAUGAGGAGCCAUAGCUACGUGAGAGCGAUUGAGAAGGGCUGUUCCCAGGAUGAUGAAUGUGUGUCCCUGAGGUCUUCAUCUCCACCCCGAACAACUACCACCGUGAGGACCAUUCAGAGCAGCACUGGUAUCAUAAAACUGAGUUCUGCAGUUGAAGUGUCAUCUUGCAUUACAACAUAUAAGAAGACACCACCUCCAGUCCCACCAAGAACUACCACAAAACCUUUCAUUUCUAUCACAGCCCAGAGCAGCACAGAAUCUGCCCAGGAUGCCUACAUGGAUGGACAGGGGCAAAGGGGAGAUAUUAUCAGUCAGUCUGGACUUAGCAACUCCACGGAAAGCUUGGAUAGUAUGAAGGCUCUGACUGCUGCCAUCGAAGCUGCUAAUGCCCAGAUCCAUGGACCAGCCAGUCAACACAUGGGGAGCAAUACUGCCACCGCCUCAACCACCACCGCCACGGCCACAGUCACUGCAGAAGAAAGAAAGAAAGAUCACUUCAAGAAAAACCGAUGUCUGUCUAUUGGAAUACAGGUUGACGAUGUUGAUGAACCAGUCAAAGCAGGGGAAAAUAAAGUAACCAGUAAGUUCCAGUCCAUAGGAGUCCAAGUGGAAGAAGAGAAAUGCUUCCGCAGGUUCACUCGAUCUAACAGCGUGACAGCAGCAGUACAGGCUGACCUGGACUUCCAUGAGAACUUGGAAAACUCUCUGGAAUCUAUAGAGGACAAUACCUGCCCAGGACCAAUGUCCAGGCAGUUCUCCCGGGAUGCCAGCACCUCCACAGUGAGCAUCCAGGGGUCAGGAAACCACUACCAUGCCUGUGCCGCAGACGAUGACUUUGACACAGAUUUUGAUCCUUCCAUUUUGCCUCCUCCGGAUCCUUGGAUUGACUCUAUCACGGAAGAUCCCCUGGAGGCUGUUCAGAGGUCAGUGUGUCACCGAGAUGGUCACUGGUUUCUGAAACUUCUGCAGGCUGAGAGAGACCGGAUGGAAGGUUGGUGCCAGCAGAUGGAGAGAGAAGAACGGGAAAAUAACCUGCCUGAAGACAUGCCUGAAGCUUAUGACGAAGGAAACCUGAUGUUUCGCUGGUAUGCCUGCCUUCCCAUGGAAGAUGGCUGGCUGGCUGGCUGGUCGGCUAAGUUUCUAAAGGAAUUCAGUGAAUUGGACCUUGAGUUGUCUCCGUACUCCCUACCUCCUUAG